CCGGACGGUAGAGUUUUGUAAAACCCACUUCUCUCUCUCUCUCUCUCUCUCUCUCUCUCGUCUCUCUUCUCUCUCUCUUACCCGAGGGGUUCCAUCAUCCAUGGGGCUCUGUGCUUCUUCUGAGUCUGUGCAAAAGAGAGAGAGAGAAAGGAACGUUGCAUACUGUCAUGGCGAUAGAGGAACUUCAAGGCUUGCUUCUCUUUACUCUCGGCAAGGAAAAAAAGGACCGAAUCAAGACUCUGCAAUCCUCUAUCAGGGGUUUGGGAUGGAAGAUGGCGUGUUCUGUGGAGUUUUUGAUGGCCAUGGAAGAAAUGGUCACAUAGUGAGCAGGCUAGUGAGGGACUCUCUUCCUUCUCUGCUGCUCCAGCAUCGCCAUGACAAUGCCUAUGAUUCGAGUGACUGCGAUGACAUGAGCUCCAUCGAUGAAAGGCUCAGCUCGGCGUCCUCGCCGGAGCUUUUCGAUGAGUGGAAGGAAGCCUGCAUCAGCGCAUUCAAAGCCAUGGAUAAGGAGAUUGAGCUCCACCCUAAGUUAAACAGCUUACAUAGUGGAACCACUGCAGUAACCAUCAUCAAACAGGGAAAUGAUUUAAUUAUCUCAAACCUCGGUGAUUCAAGGGCUGUAAUGGGAACCAUCUCAGAAGAAGGCUACUUGAAAGCUGUUCAGCUAACAACAGAUCUGAAACCCAAUGUUCCCCAUGAAGCAGAGAGGAUAAGGAAGAACAACGGUCGAGUUUUUGCACUAAGGGAUCAACCCGACAUACAACGAGUAUGGCUACCAGAUACAAACUUCCCAGGCCUUGCCAUGGCCCGUGCUUUCGGAGACUUUGAACUUAAGAACUAUGGCGUCAUUGCAAUUCCUCAAGUCUCGUAUCGCAGGUUAAGAGAAAGGGACCAAUUCAUAGUUCUGGCAACAGAUGGGAUUUGGGAUGUUCUUAGCAACGAACAAGUUGUGAAGACUAUUUGGUCGAGUUUUUUGAGAGGAAAGGAUCCAUCCAAAUCAGUCGUAAAAGCAGCCGUUAGAGAGUGGAAGCGAAAGUAUCCAUCUCAUAGGGUGGAUGAUUGCUCUGUAGCUUGCGUGUUCUUUGAUGAAAGAUGAAGAUUGAGGAGGUAUCAAUGGAGUACAGAGAGCUUGAAGAUUAACUGCAGUAUGAAUGGAUGAAGAAGAUGAUUGCUGCUGCAUGUUGUCUGUAUAUAUGGUUUAACGGCUAGUUUUAGGAUCGUCGUUACUUGUUUAUUAAUGAGAUUUGUUGGAGCUUGUUUUUUGAUGGUUUGGACUGGGACGAUUGAGCUUGUUGUGAGCUCUCUUUUAUUGUCUUGAGUACAGCAAUGGUGUGAGCGGCAGAGUUUCUGAUGAUAGUUCUAUGUGCUAACAUGCAGUUUGUAUGUACAUAUUUGGUUCUAACAUGCAAAGCGAACUAGUUCUCUUA